AUGGGCAAGAAAGCUGCCCCCCUCGAGGGGCAUGUCAGUGGACAGGCGAACAAGCCCUUGUCCAAACCAGCCCACAGCCUCACUGUCAAAGAAGUCGUCAGCGAGCUCAAAACGGAGGAAUGGUCUGGUCUGGACGAUAGCGAAGCCAAACGCCGCGUCGAUGAGUACGGAACCAACGAGCUGGGAGAAGCUGAGAGCGUCUCUCCCAUCAAGAUUCUCAUUGCCCAAGUAGCCAACGCCAUGACCUUGGUUCUGAUCAUGGCCAUGGCCGUUAGUUUCGGUAUCAAGUCGUGGAUCGAAGGUGGUGUCGUAGCCUUUGUCAUUGGUCUCAACAUUGUCGUUGGCUUCUUCCAGGAAUGGUCAGCCGAAAAGACCAUGGACUCGCUUCGCUCUCUCAGCUCUCCUACUGCGCGCCUCAUUCGCAAUGGCCAGCAAAUUACCGUUCCUUCGGCUGAAGUCGUUCCCGGUGAUAUCAUCGAAGUCAAAGUCGGCGAUACGAUUCCAGCCGACAUGAGGGUCUUUGACGCGGUCAAUUUCGAAACCGAUGAGGCCUUGCUGACUGGAGAGUCCCUCCCUGUACGCAAGCAGGAAGACGCCGUUUUCGACGAGGCUACUGGGCCCGGUGAUCGCCUUAACGUUGCCUAUAGCUCAUCUAGCGUCACAAAGGGUCGCGCCAAGGGCGUCGUGUUUGCGACUGGCGCUUAUACUGAAAUUGGUGCCAUCGCUGCUCAGCUCCGCGAAACCCAGUCCAAGGUUCGGCCCGUCAAACGCAAAGAGAAUGGAAAAGCAAAGCCCCAUCGCUAUCUCGAGGCAUACACGCUGACCACGACCGACGCUAUUGGACGUUUCCUGGGACUCAAUGUUGGAACUCCUCUCCAAAAGAAGCUGUCGAAGCUCGCUGUCUUGCUCUUCUUCAUUGCCGUCAUUUGCGCCAUCAUCGUCCUAGCAGCCAACAAGUUUAGCGAUCGUCAAGAAGUCAUCAUCUAUGCCGUGGCAACCGGGUUGUCCAUGAUUCCAGCCAGUCUGGUAGUGGUACUCACCAUCACAAUGGCUGCUGGCACAAAGUCCAUGGUCCAGCGCCACGUCAUUGUUCGGAACCUCAAAUCACUAGAAGCUCUCGGUGGCGUCACUGACAUUUGCUCUGAUAAGACUGGAACGCUGACUCAGGGUAAGAUGAUUGCUCGUGGUGCGUGGAUCCCUGGCGUUGGAACGUACACUAUCGAGGACUCGACCGCCCCUCAAGAUCCCACUGCAGGCAACGUUCGUUUCGGUGUAGCGGCUCCUGCCAAGAUGAAUCUCAAGGCUGGCGGUGAUGAAUGCGGUGAACUCGUAUCUGUCGAAAAGCUCGAGAGCCACAACCAUUCUGGGUUCGGCGAGUUCCUCAAGGUGGCGUCGCUGGCCAACUUGGCUGCUGUGAAGCAACAAUCCGAUGGGAGCUGGGAGGCCCAUGGCGAUCCAACCGAAAUCGCCAUUCAGGUCUUCGCCUCUCGCUUCGGCAUGAACCGUCUCGGAUUGACAAAGGGUGAUGCUCCUCAGUGGGAGGAUCUUGUCGAGCUUCCCUUCGACUCGGAUGUCAAGCGCAUGUCGGUGAUUAUGAAGCAUGCCAGCGGUAACUACUCCUUCACCAAGGGCGCCGUCGAACGCGUCAUCCAAAGCUGCACUACCUACCUGGCCGAUGGCAAGGAAGACUCCCAGCCUGUUACCGAAGAGUUCCGCCAGGAGAUUCUCUCUCAUAUGGAGGCUCUCGCCGGCCUCGGUCUGCGCGUCCUCGCCCUCGCCAGCAAGCGGUUCCCUCACGACGUAGAAAAGGGCGCAGAAGUCGAGCGCUCCACUGUCGAAUCCGAGCUUGUUUUCCGUGGUCUCAUCGGUCUUUAUGACCCCCCUCGCCCGGAAUCCGCAGUCGCUGUGCGCCAGUGCCACGAGGCGGGUAUCGAGGUCCACAUGUUGACUGGUGAUCACCCCGAAACCGCAAAGGCUAUUGCGAUUGAAGUCGGUAUUUUGCCGUCUGCCGAUCGCUUCAGGAGGAUCGGAAGGGAUAUUGCAAAUACGCUUGUCAUGACUGCCGCGGAAUUCGACAAAUUGAGCGACGACGAGGUGGACAAGCUAUCUGUGUUGCCGCUCGUCGUCGCCCGGUGUGCGCCCAGCACAAAAGUUCGUAUGAUUGAGGCUCUGCACCGCCGCGGCCGCUUCUGCGCCAUGACUGGUGACGGCGUUAAUGACUCUCCUUCGCUCAAGCGCGCGGACGUGGGUAUCGCCAUGGGCCAGGCUGGAUCGGACGUUGCAAAGGAGGCUUCCGAUAUCGUUCUUACCGACGAUAACUUUGCCUCUAUCCUCGCUGCCAUCGAAGAGGGUCGCCGCAUCUUUGACAAUAUCCAGAAAUUUGUGUUGCACGUCCUGGCGGAGAACGUGGCGCAGGCUGGUACGCUUCUCGUGGGUCUUGCCUUCAAGGAUCGGACUGGACUGUCAGUGUUUCCGCUCGCUCCCGUACAGGUUGUCUGGAUCAUCAUGGCUACAUCUGGUCUUCCGGACAUGGGGCUGGGAUUCGAACGUGCGGUCCCUGAUAUCUUGCAGCGACCGCCUCAGUCUCUCAAGACUGGUAUUUUCACCAUGGAAUUCCUCGUCGACAUGGUGGUUUACGGGCUAUGGAUCACGCUCCUCUGUCUUGCCAGUUUCGUCCUCGUCGUGUUUGGAUUCGGUGACGGCGAGCUCGGCGAUGGCUGCAACGAAACGUAUUCUGAGCAGUGCGAACUUGUGUUCCGUGCUCGUGCGUGCACAUUCGCCUGUCUGACGUGGUUUGCUCUCUUCCUUGCGUGGGAGAUGAUUGAUAUGCGCAGGUCCUUCUUCCGCAUGCAGCCUGGCAGCAAGCGCUACUUCACUCAGUGGAUGCUAGAUGUAUGGAGGAACCAGUUCUUGUUCUGGGCUAUCAUCGUUGGCUUUGUCCUUCUUUUCCCGCUCAUUUACAUUCCAACGCUCAACACGGUCGUUUUCAAGCAUGCACCCAUCUCUUGGGAGUGGGGCAUUGUGUUUGUUGAGACCGGCAUCUUCUUUGCGGGUAUUGAGUUGUGGAAAUGGUGCAAGCGUAUUUACUUCCGCCGCCAGGUAGCCAGGAGAGGAACCGGAAAGGUGGAUAAGAAUAUGGCGAUUGAGGACCGUGUUUUUGGUCGCUACUACAGUCAAGAUUCGACGGGUGCUGGUGGUGAGAAGGUUUAA